UUGAAGUUCCGCCAUUUUUCUAGAGGUGAACGGUGUAGGGGACUGGUGACCCGACUGACGUUUAAACGAGUCCAAGCGGACAAGGAGGGAACGAGAGGAUGGCGCCGGGGACCAAGGGUGACCCAUCUGAUGUUACGUUACCCCUCCCAUGCUUGCCAAGUGGUGAAGGAGAUGCUAUUAAAGUUUUUGUGAGAAUCCGUCCCUUAGCAGAAGGAACUGUUGCUGGAGGUGAUGGGGAUCAAGGUUUGUGUCUGUCUGCCCUGUCUACCAACACUGUUCGUCUGAAUUCUAAACCUGAGCCAAGAAUAUUCACUUUUGAUCAUGUAGCUGACAUGGAUGCAACUCAGGAAUCUGUAUUUUCAGGUGUGGCAAAAAACAUUAUUGAAUCGUGUAUGAAUGGUUACAAUGGCACCAUAUUUGCCUACGGCCAGACCGGCUCAGGGAAGACUUUUACAAUGUUGGGUCCCUCUGAAUCUGAUAAUUUCACGCAUAAUCUCAGAGGAGUUAUACCUCGGAGCUUUGAGUAUCUAUUUUUCUUAAUCAAUCGUGAAAAGGAGAAGGCUGGAGAUGGUAAAAGUUUUUUGUGUAAAUGCUCGUUUAUUGAAAUCUAUAAUGAACAGAUAUUUGAUCUACUGGAUUCGGCCUCAACAGUACUUCUUCUAAGGGAACAUAUUAAGAAAGGGGUUUUUGUUGUUGGAGCUGUGGAGCAAGUGGUCACUUCAGCAGCUGAAGCAUACCAGGUACUAUCCAUGGGUUGGCGUAAUAGACGUGUAGCUUCUACCUCAAUGAACAGAGAAUCGUCAAGAUCGCAUGCUGUUUUCACAGUAACAAUUGAGUCUAUGGAAAAGAUUAACGAGAUUGUCAAUAUCAGGUCCUCACAGCUCAACCUGGUAGAUUUGGCAGGUUCUGAAAGGCAGAAGGAUUCCCACGCUGAAGGAGUCAGACUAAAGGAGGCAGGCAGUAUAAACCGUUCCCUAAGUUGCCUAGGUCAGGUCAUCACAGCAUUGGUUGAUGUGGCUAAUGGCAAACAGAGGCACAUUUGCUACAGGGACUCCAGGCUCACUUUUUUACUCCGGGACUCUCUAGGAGGUAAUGCAAAAACCUUCAUUAUAGCAAAUGUACACCCUGGAUCCAAGUGCUUUGGGGAAACAUUAUCUACAUUGCAAUUUGCCCAACGAGCAAAAUUAAUAAAAAACAAGGCUGUGGUUAAUGAAGACACCCAAGGGAAUGUGAAUCAGCUGCAAGCAGAGGUGAGGAAACUAAAAGAACAGCUUUCUCAGCUGCUUUCCGGACAGAUGCCACAGGAUAUUUCUAUUGCCAGAGUUGGUCCAUUUGACGAGAAUAUUGUUGACUACAUGAGCAAUUUCUUGGAAGCAAUGGUGCUUAUGGAGAAGUCAGAAGCUGAAAAGAAGGCCUGUUUACAAAAAAUAGCCCAGCUAGAGGAUCUUUGCAACAAGAAAGAAAAGUUCAUCCAAUCAAAUAAAAUGAUUGUUAAAUUCAGGGAAGACCACAUAGCACGCCUCGAAAGAACUCUGAAAGAUGGUCGCAAUUCAUUCUCCAAUAACGAGCAAGAAGACUUGAUUUCUGAACUCAAGGAGGAGAUACGUGUAUUAAAAGAUCAGAUUGAGCAUCACCCUCGUGUAGCUAAAUAUGCCCUUGAGAAUCAUAGUUUGAGAGAGGAAAAUAAAGGUCUUCGUUCACUGCAGUCUGUAAAGAGAGCCCAAGAACUUAGUGCCCAAAUGAUUGCAGAGCUGGAAAAGGCAUUUUUAGAAGCAUCUACAGCUGAGAAGAACAGAGGUCUACCAAUGCAUUCCACUCCGCUACCAUCAGACAACAAUAAUAUAUCACUGGAAAGGAUGAAAGAACGAUUGUUGCAGCUUCAAAGUGAGCUGGAAACCUCAAAGCAAGAAUAUGAAGAGUUCAAAGAGUUAACUAAGAAGAAGCAGGUUGAACAGGAGUCAGAGCUUCAGUCAUUGCAAACAUCCAACACACAUCUUGAAAACAUUUUAGAGGCCAUCAAGACGCACAAACGUCUGGAAAUGUCACAGCUGAACCGAAUGCAUACAGAAACCAUAAAGAACAUGACCACUCCAACAAAGGCGUACAACUUGAGAUCUCGACUCGUUCCACGCAUGAGUCCAAGUGAUUCACCCAAUGGCUUGAUGGAUACUCCUAAAUCAGGAAUGCAAAUAGAUGACAUAGUCAAUGAGCCCAUCCCACCAGAGAUGAGUGAGCAAGCAUAUGAAGCUAUUGCUGAGGAACUCAGAAUGGUUCAGGAACAAGUGACUAGUCUACAAGCUAAGCUAGAUGAGGAGGAAAGCAGAAAUAUGAAGUCCCAACAACAGCUCAGCAAGCUGGAGCACCAUUCUACUCAGAUGCAAGAGCAUUUCUCGUUGGAAAAAGCUAAAUGGAGUACAGAGCAACAGGAACUUCUUGCACAAAUCAAAUCACUUGAAAAGCAACAGCAAGACUUCAAAGGCAAAGAAGAUGUACUGAAGAGUGAGGUUCACGAUCUUCGAGUGGUUCUUCAGUCUGCGGACAGAGAGCUCCGAAAUGUGAAGUCUGAAUACAGUGCUUUUAAAGACAAGCAGGAGAAGGAGCUGAGCCAGUUAUCUGACAGACAUAUGAACGUACAGCUACAACUGGAUAAUGUCAGGUUAGAGCAUGAAACCCUAAUAGAGGAAAGGCGAUCACUUCAGGAUGCUUAUGAUAACCUGGAAGAAGUGAUGAAAUUUGAGACAGACAACCUAAAACGGGAGCUCUCUGACAGCAAGCAAGAAAAUGAGACUCUGAAAGCUGAGCUUAAUGAACUGUUGGAACUUCUUGAAACUGAAAAAGAAUGCAGACAGAAGCUCGAAUCUCAGCUCCAGGAAAACAAAGAAAAUACAUCAAAGGAACUUGUUAGAGUUCUGGAUGAGAGUGUACAUCUUAAGAAGCAGUGUUCAGAGCUGAUGACUCGUUGUGAACAGCAGGCCAUCGAACUUCACAAACUCGAACAAAAUUUGACUGCAUCCAAGGAGACUAUAACAGACCUAGAGAAAAUAAAAUCUGCUGACCAGGAAGUUGUAGCUGAUCUCAUGAAUCAAAUUCAAGUACUGAGAACAACAAUCAGCCACAAAGCAGAAUCAAUAGACGUACUCACAAGAGAGCUUGAAGACAUUAACAGUAAAUACAGUUCUGUCUUAUCAGAGAAGGAAGAAAGCAGAAAUGUUUUGGAAAAGCAAGAGAGGUUGGUAGAGGAACUUAGAGAGAGCUUGGAAAGAAAGCAGUCUGCUGAUAAGAUUGAGAGUGAGCUUUUAUGCGAUGACCUAAUUCACGCUACUGAACAGCUAUCAAAGUUAACGGAAGCAUUUAAUAAACAGGAGACCUUACUUCAUAACCUUCAAGAAGAACUGCUUAGAAAAGACCAGCUAAUAAAAGAAUUAUCUGACCAGGUUAAACAGUUUGAAGACUUUAAAAUGGAAAAUUCUAAAGAAGAAAUAAUGCAGACACAUAGCAGCACGUGUUCUCCAGUUCAGCUCCCACAGACCCCCAGAACUCCACAAAGCAUUGUGUGCGAGUCUGAGCUAAUCAACCUGCUGAAUAUGAAUACUACUUUAGAGCUUCUUGUAUCUGAAUUCAGUGAAGAGCGAAUAGCAAAAAAUGAAGACAUCCUCAGACUUAAAACACAACUAUGUGAAACGGAAAACAUGCGCCUGGAGAUCCACAUGUUACACACACAGUGCAAAGACUUAAAAAGCCAAUUGGAAAACUGUAAACAACUAGAUAAAAAAAAUGAUGAACAGAAGCAAUCUGACAUGCAGGAACUAAAGAAAGAAAUUGAGAAAGAAGUUUCAGAAAGGAUGGAAAAGGGUAAAGCAGCAGAUCAUUUGCUGAAGUUGGAGGCAGAGUUAGAAGAAACAAAAAGUCUUCUUAACAAUAAAGUGCAUUUUCUAACUGAACUGAGCAAGGAAAUUGAAAGAACAAGAGGUUUGGAGGCUAAAGCCUUCCAAGAAAAAGAAGAAAUAAGGUCACUACUAGAGGGAAAAUAUGAAGAAACUGAAAAACUUUCACAGGAACUGGAUAUGCUAAGGAAGCAAGUUGUCUUUCUUGCUGAAGAAAAUGGAAAAUUACUUGGUCACCAAAAUCUCAACCAGAAGAUUCAGCACCUUGUUAAACUUAAGAAAGAGAAUACUAAACUCAUAGAGGAUGCAGAAAAAAUGCGUAUAGAGAUUGCCUUCCUCAAAGAGGGAAAAAAAUGCGAACACUGCUCCAGUAAUGUUUCAAACAAAAUAUGAUCACUUUAUCGAUGUAUUGUCUUUCAAAAAAGCAAAACAAGAAAGCUGCCGUACAUGGAGACAUUAUGCAAAUAUUAUCUUCUGUGACUCCUGGUUAAAUCUUACCUAGUGGACUUUUACAAUUUUAAAUGUCUAAAAUAUUUAGAAAGAGAAAUAAAAAUAAUUGCAGUUGAAAAAUUUUUGUGGGUGUUUUCUUAAAAAUCCAUUAAUAACCAAUUAGUACUCUGAACCACCCCAUAUGCCAUGUGCACAUGUACAUACUUAAAUCCAGAACAAA